UAUUUGCGAAAGGGAUCUAACAGACCUUGAGAAACCUUUGCUUAGAGGAUAGAACUUAAAUUAUCAUGGACUUUUCAACAAGUACUUCUUAUUCACUAAAUUGGUUAUUCAAUAUAUCGAUCUGAACUUUAGGUUCUAUAUUAUAACUUGAAUUUAAUUUUGUAAUAUGACGAAUAGGUUCAUUUAUACCCCUACCUAUACGUUUAACCGUAACCUUACAAGAUUUUGUAAAAUUCAUACAGAAGAAACAACAGCUUAUAACAAAUCUGCAGACAUUGCCUGUCUAUCUGCAACUUCAAACAUUUUUGAUGGCCGUCAGCUGGGUGAUGGACGUACUGUUGGUACCAUCUAGGACAUAAAUUCUAGAUGGUCGUGCGGUAACUGUCUGUACACCCGGAAGUGCGACUACACUCUCCCCGUGAGGGCGGCUGGAAACAGGUCCUUCGGCAAGGUCAUGUCUCUGCCGAGGGACGCUGGCGAAUGGUAGUCGGGCGAAGAGAAGACAACUCUGGAAGAUCACCCCAAUCCAAGGCGGAACAGCCGGCGCCGAGGGAUGAGUGGCCGAGGGGUAACUCGGUCCUGAGCCGGCGAACUCUGCGCACCUGUCGACCCGCAGUUUCAAUCCAGACUUCCUGCGGCAUCUCGGGCUCUGCUGUGGGCGACCUCCUUUCCCGUGCACUCGUGGGAACCAAAUGAAUAGUCUAACAAUAAAUGAGUCCGAUGCUGCUCCAAAGGCAUCAACCAUCCAGAAUUCAGGUCCUGGCUUUGUGCGGCUGAAAAGCAAGCAAAAGAAGCUGCUGCGAAAGGCUCUUCAAGGCGGACUGACCAGAGAAAAGGCUCUAGCAGUGGCGCAAGCUGUGCCCAUUGCCAAAGGACUCCUGCCUGCUCCCUAUGGAAUACAGACCAGUAAUCCCUAUCCCUACUCCACUUUCGUUAAAUGUGUAAGAAUCGGUAUGGCUCCGGAGUCUGCUGGGACUCUGCUGACCACCGAGGAAGUAACCAGGAUCAAGGAGGCCAUAGUUGAUGUUACCGUGAAGCAUUCUGGCAGCCAGAAGCCCCAGUUCGAGGGAUGUGUUCCUCGAAGAGGAUGGCUUCUUAUCACCUGUUCCAACUUAUCCACCGCAGAGUGGUUUAAACAAAAUUUCUGCCACAUUCAGGACAAAGUAGACAUUAAACUGAAGUUAAUGAAAGAGUCAGAACUCCCGAAGAAAAAUGUGGUGCUUGGAUACUUUCCAGACAGCCUAUCCACCAGCAGUGAAAAGGUCCUGCAAAUCAUAGAGGCCCAGAAUUCAGUCUCAACCGCAGAAUGGAGGGUUAUGAGGCGAUUGAUCCAUGGUGAUUUCUUACACCUUGUCAUGGCCAUAGACAAUGAGUCUCACAAGAAGCUGAUUAAGAUGGGUGGGCUCAUCUUCUACCGAUUCGGUCGCUUAAAACUGUAUUCGAAAAGCGCUUCGGAUAGGAAAACGGCAUUAAAUGGUAAAAACCUAACAUCAAAUAUAUCACCAGUAGAAAAAUCCUUUGAAAAACCCGCUCCAAGUCAGACUGCUGCUCAAGAUCAAGCUAUAAGAAAUAAUGGUCCUUGGAAUCCCUGUGAUAAUCCUUGGAAUACCCACAAUAAUCCUGGAAACCAAUGGAAUCAACAACUUAACUUGUGGUAUUAUCCAAAUUAUCCACCGCACUUUUGGUCUGGAUCCGGCACCUGGAAUAGAUAAAACAGAAUGAUCAACCUUUGUCUGAAAGCAACUGAUGGAACGGGUUCUACAAAAAAUAACCAAAGGCCAAGUCAAGAAUUUCCUGAGCUCGACGUUUUUCCAGGGAGAUAUUUAGUACAAUUCGUUUUUAGAG